UCUCAGAUUUUAUCAUGUCCCAACGCUGUUAUCAAUGUAUGCGGGCGGAUUACCCUCCAUGUUGCGGAAGAGACUAUACUUUCUAAAGGCAAGACACUCCGAAAGCAAGAAGCCAUAUUUACCGACAAUUCGGGGACAAUGCGCCUUGUGCUAUGGGAAAGUGACAUAACACAGGUUAUCUCAAAGUCUGUGUAUAACAUCUCAAAGAUAGUUGUUCGAGAAUUUGAUAACGCAAAGUACCUAACCCUAAACAAGCAGUCAAUUAUCAAGCCGGCGGAUACCUCUAUAGAUAGUGUGGACACUGAAGCGGAUGGUCUACCACACUCGCAGAAAGUUGAUUGCCCUGCCGAAGGCAUUUUAUCAGUACAACGGUUCCUGUCGUGUAAAAAAUGCCAAACUAAACUGGUGCUUGAUCCAACAAAAAACCUUACCAAAUGCACUGAGUGCGGAAUGGCCCAGCUAAAAUCAAAAUGUAUCCAGCGUCUAAUGGCAAAUGUCAUGUUUGGCAAACCAGAUUCAAUGAACUUAACAUCAAAGAAAGACAAAUACAUUCAUGUUAUCAUGUUCUGUUCUGUUAAACUGGAAGUUGUAAGCUAA